UGAUUGAUUGAUUGGUUGUUUGUUGUGCAGUGUGAAGCAACGAUGACAUCAUGAAUAUCUGUCCAAUCAGACUGAAGGAGGUCCUGACCCACCAGUGGUGAUGUCGUGGGUGACCCAGAGGUUCAGGGACAUUAGUCCUGUGACUCUGCAGGUAGUGGGCGGAGCCAUGAGCUCCAGCCUGUUCUGUGAGGACGUGGACGGUCUGUCUCUGGUCGAGUCCUUCAUGGUGGAACUGUAUCGCUGCAAAGCUUGUGAGUUCACCUGUGGCCUGAAGACAGCCAUCAGCAACCACCUGCUGCAACGCCAUGCCACGCCCACUCUCACCUGCUGUCCCGAGGAGGGGCUGGAGGCGGGGCUUCAGCAGGACGGCUCGUCUUACCAGCUGGACCUGAACGGAGAGUCCAAAGAAGACGAAGACUUCCUGCUUUACAACAUGCUGGGUAACAUGAGCCCGCCCACCUGUGACAUCACCACCGAGGGCGCUCUGCAGGUGGCUCACACCUGUGAGGUCAACACGCUCUUUGAGGAGGAAGAAGACCCCUCCAUCCUUCCUCUGAAGGGGGCUGCAGUGGAUCUGUCCUGUCCUCUCAACCCCCCCUCCUCCCAGGAGGAGAUGGAGCAGUCUGCUCACCUCAUGACUCUGGGACUCUGCAGGAUUACUGCAGUUAAACCUCCUUCACCCACUGAGCCCUCCUCCCUGCAGCGUACCGGGUCAGGUGGAAAGACUGAGGCUCCGCCCCCUGACCCCCAGCAGCUGCUGUGUUUCCUCUGUCCUCUCAUUCUCCCAUCAAGGCAGCUUCUGGACGUCCACAUCCGGUCUCACCAGGCUGGCAGUGGUUUCAUUUGUGUGCGCUGCAGCUGGACGUCCGACAGCUGGGAGGAGCUGGAGCGUCACUGGAGGAACCACAGCAGGAAGAGGAGGAGCAGGAGGAGGGAGGAGCAGCUGGAGAAGAACCAUCACAGGACAAACAGGAAGUCAUCAUCAGGAAGCGCCUGCAGCAAGUCUUCAGAUCGAUGGAGGAGCUCACUGAUUGGACAUGAAGAAUCAAAGAAGGUGGAGCUUUCUGAAAGGAAGUUCUCUUCAAAGCUCACUCUGCGGCGUCACCUGGGUGUCCACGGAGGAGAGAGACCAUACACCUGUCCUCACUGCUCCUACAGCAGCAGGCUGAAGGCCUCACUACUGCAACACCUGAGGACUCACACAGGUGAGAAGCCGUACAGGUGCUCUGAGUGUCCGUAUGCCUCCAUCGAUCGCAGCUCCUUGCUCAGACACUGCAGGACUCACAGUCAGGAAAAACCAUACAGGUGUCACCUGUGUACCUACAGCAGCAUCCAGAAGAAAAGUUUGGACCUCCACACUCGCCGUCAUCACACUGGUGAAGCUUUUUUAUGUCAACAAUGCGAGUACUCGAGCCCAGACCGCCAGAUGUUGGUGAAGCAUAUCCAUAAACAUCAUGUCCCACCAGACCAACAUCUAGGCUUAGUUAAACCAGACUAACAUCUAGGCUUAGUUAAACCAGACUAACAUCUAGGUUAGUUAAACCAGACCAACAUCUAGGCUUAGUUAAACCAGACUAACAUCUAGGCUUAGUUAAACCAGACUAACAUCUAGGUUAGUUAAACCAGAGGCCUGUUGAACAAAAGUCAGAUUAAUAAUCCAGGAUCUGAGCUGUAAACUGAGCUUGAACUAUCCUUCAACAUGUAAACAGCUGUAAUCUGUUGCUCUAACACCAAGCUGCGCUCAGUUAGGAUGGUUCAUUCAAACCAGCUGUAAAUAAUCUGGGAUUAAUGCACGUUCACAGUUUGUUUACUAGACCCACUGAGUGAAUCACAGAUUAACUGAUCAGACACGUGAGUCUGACUUCCUCCAGCAAUGUAAGGGUUAAUUAUGAUUCAUAUGAAGACGUGAAGACAAACACCGACUGAUGCUGAGAUAAUUUCAAAAUAAAAACUUUUUGUGUCUGAA